AUGACAAUUCCGCAGGCAGCUGCAAUGGCGGAGACCUGCGCCUACAUGUCUCAGAAGCAUCCCGACUUCUCGAUUCUGGCAGCGCGUAUCGCGGUGGAUGACUGGGCCUUGGAGGGAUAUGGCUUGUCUCAACCGAACUUUCCGUGCCCCGUUGAAAUCUGCGACUUCUGCAAUCCUGUCGCUGUGAAAGCGAUCCCAUCCUCUGGAACCGUGCUGGUUUCUGAUGACGCCUUCAACGAUGAAGUAUUCCUUGAAAGAGUGGUUCCGCAGCUGGGGGCGCUGCUUGACAAGGGUGGCACAGCAGUCGUUUUGGCUUAUCAUGGCGUGUUCCACGUCCCGGAGCGCCUGGGUGGGAUUUUCGGAUGCAACUGGAAGUUCAAAGGAACAAUCAAGCACGAAUUCGUGGCCACGCACCACCUCCAGAACCACUUUUCUCCUGGCCAGUGUCAGCGACCAAAUUUCCACAGCCCCAACCUACUGGCAGUACCAGAGGGGGAAGCCAUGUAUCUUCCGACCACAGGUGAAAAUCACACACCCUUGGCGAUCCACUGCACAGAGCAGGGUGGGCGCUUGGCCUACUUUGGGUCCGUCAAUUUCGAGACGGACUUUGUGUCCUUGCUCAAAGAACUGUGCUGCCUCAGUCGCAAGUCAUUGAAGCCCUGCCAGCCGGGCCCACCUUGCCAGCCUGAAGCGAAGUUUCUCCUCCCAUGUGACAUUCUCUUCACGCAAGGGAGCAUUAAGUCUGAGUUCCGAGAUGGCAGGAGUUUGUUGAAGACUGCUUGCCAGCUAGCAGCAAGCGACCUCCAGAAGCGGGAUGUGCCUGUGAUCCAAGUUGUGAAGCAUGAAGCAGGCAUUUACAGCCUUGACAAUGGCCGCCUUGCAGUCUUCCGACUGCUGCAGCUGGCACAAGUGGUUGGCGAGAUCAAAGUGCUGAUGGUUCCCUUCGACCAGAACCUUUGGCACAAGAAGUUUGAUUCUGGCAGCAACCACACGCAGAUACGUGUUCGCGGCAGCGAUUACAUCAUCGGGAAUUCCUUGCAAUCCACGACCUUCCCUCUGGCUCAGCUUCGUAAGGCACAGCCCAGUGCCCAGUCCGCAUACCCAGCCUGUGCUGCGCUUCUGCUGGAGGACGUGGACAGCAACGACGAGGGCUACCCUGCCGGUGUCGCACCCUCUGCCCCGAUGCGGGCCGGUCGUCCAAGAAGGCGUCAUAUCCUUCAGUACAGCCGAGCAGAACUCCGGCGCAUGGGCUGGCGGGGUGAGCAGUACCUGUCCCACUCGCAGGGGCGCAUGGCACCUUUUAUCGAAGGCAUGGACUCCGAUUCCGACUUCUCCUAUGAUGACCUGAGAACUAUGCCCGAGAAUCUGCUGCCAACUUCCUGGAAGGGCUAG